CUAACCCGCGAAAAGAAGAAAUAAGUUACGAAUAAUUACUUCUUAAAUUUCAUCCAUUCUUCCUUCAAGUAAGAGAAGGGGAUGAAUAUGGGGAACAUCUCUGACGGGAGAGGGCAAUCAAGGAUGGUAAGGUGGAGUUGUGCACGAUUUAAUUUGCUUAACGGACAGAAUGCGUAGAGUAACCGCUUCAUAGGACAAAUCUAUCUAUCUAUCUAUCGUCUGCCUCCUCACCUAUCAAAAAGGAGCCCAACCCAACUCUUUCUUGAACGCUCACCAGACUUUGCCAUCCUUCCUUCCCAAACUCCAACAUACCCCUCUGUUUUCUCGACUUCCCAGGCUGCUAUCAGGAUUCUGGAGUAUCAUUUAUCCGAAAAAGCAAACAACAUUAGACCAUCUAUCAGGAUUCUGGAGAAUUAAGGUUGUCCCGAAUCGAGAUCCGACAUGUGUUGUGGGGCCAGAAUUUGCAUGUUCUGCACAUGCCUGAUUUUGGCGGUGAUAGUCAUCGGAUUCUUGUUUGGAUUUGGAGUUUUCAAGCAUGGUUUUCACAAGUUGGAGGACACCCUGCAUGCCUGUGAUCCCGCUGCCGCCUCCUCAUGCGGCGGCUCCUCCAUGAAGAGGCCCUUCUUAGGCUUCAACGCCCCUCCUCCCUACUAGAAUAGAAUAGGCUCUUUUCAUCGUCAUCUUCUCUUCUACCGUUACUUUGGAUUUGCAAGCUCAAUUUACUCCAGCAUUAUAGUGCUGCUGGUUUAUCCCCGCCCUGAUUCUUUUGUAUCGUCCUACUACUCUUUUAAGUUUGUGAUUUUUCUGUUCAACACUUGAUUCAUGAUUGGUUUUUUCUUGAAUCUCAUCUACGUUAAUCAGUAAAUUACAUUUGCAUUGUGGUUUCAGAAGUUUGUUC